GAGAUGUCGAGUGCAAGACGCGGCGUGGCCUACACCAUCGACAGCAUCCUCGGUCAUCACCACCUCAGCUCUGAUGGCGUAGAAAUGAAAAGCGAGAGCGUGCACUCGGACUCCGACCACGAGCACGAACCCGAGCAGGAACACGAGCCGGGCCCGGAGCCAGAGCUCGAGGCGAGCGUCGAGCGUGCGGACCAUCUCGAGCUGGACGCCAACCGCCCGCGCAAGGUGCGCCGCAGCCGGACGACGUUCACCACGUACCAACUGCACGAGCUGGAGCGAGCCUUCGACAAGACGCAGUACCCCGACGUGUUCACGAGGGAGGAGCUCGCGAUGCGGCUCGACCUCAGCGAGGCGAGGGUGCAGGUCUGGUUUCAAAAUCGGCGAGCAAAGUGGCGCAAGAGGGAAAAGGCCCUCGGGAGGGACCAUGCCCCGUUUCUGCACCACGAGCACGGUGUCGGCGUGGAUUGGAGCGGCGUGUCGGGGGCGGUGGGGGGCGCCGGCGAGUGGUGGUCUCUGGGCUUGGGCGCCUUGCCCCCCGCUCCGCUGUGGCACGAGCCCGCUUUCACCGCGCUGCUGCACCGCUACGUGCUCCGGCUGCCGCCGCCGCCCGCCCGUUCGCCGGCUCCGCGCUCGCCGUCUCCGCUCCGCUCCCCGCAACGCUCGCCGCUCCGCUCCAGUGCGGCGGGCGCGAGCGUGGCUUCGUCGCCCGUGACGCCGGAUGCGCUCAGGCUUUUACACGAGAGAUACAGCCGAGUGCACACGUAA